CACGUCAUUUCCUGCCGUCGCUCGGCUCUCCUUUCUCUCUCUCUCUCUCUCUCUCUCGCUCUCUCUCUCUCUUUUACCCCUCUCCCUUUUUCCCUCCCCCUUUCUCCGGACCCGGAUGGUGACUGGUGGCGGCGGCUUCUCUCGGGACUGUCACUGAACGGCGCCGCCGGGCCUCUUGUCCUGCGCGAUGGCGGCGGAGGAGGCCGGAGGAGCGUCAUGUUCCUCGGCUCCGGGGCCGGUGUCGACGGGACCCGGCGCGGGACCGGGGCCAAGCCUCUGCGAGUGGCUGCUGCUGCGGGACGGCCGCCUGCGUUGCGACGCCGACGGACUCUGUAGUCUCUGUUAUCACCCGGCGCUCAACGCCAUCCUGGCCGUGACCGCCCGCGGCGCCAUCAAAGUCAUCGACGGCACCUCAGGGGCUACGCUGCAGGCGUCGGCACUCAAUGCUAAGCCAGGUGGACGAGUGAAAUGUCAAUACAUUUCUGCUGUGGAUAAAGUCAUCUUUGUGGAUGAUUAUGCAGUUGGAUGUAGGAAAGAUCUCAAUGGCAUCUUGCUGUUAGACACAGCUUUACAAACACCUGUUUCUAAGCAAGAUGAUGUGGUUCAGCUUGAAUUGCCAGUGACAGAGGCUCAACAACUGUUAUCUGCUUGCAUAGAGAAAGUGGAUGUGUCAAGCACAGAGGGAUAUGAUUUGUUCCUCGCACAAUUGAAAGAUGGCUUGAAAAAUACCUCACAUGAAACAGCAGCAAACCACAAAGUUGCAAAGUGGGCAACAGUUACUUUCCAUCUUCCUCAUCAUGUAUUGAAGUCUGUUGCCAGUGCCAUUGUAAAUGAACUCAAGAAGAUAAAUCAAAAUAUUGCUGCCUUACCUGUAGCUUCAUCUGUAAUGGAUAGAUUAUCUUACCUCUUGCCCAGCGCACGGCCUGAACUUGGUGUAGGGCCUGGCCGAUCAGUGGAUAGGUCCUUAAUGUAUAGUGAGGCUAACAGACGGGAAACAUUCACCUCAUGGCCUCAUGUAGGUUAUAGGUGGGCACAGCCAGAUCCCAUGGCUCAAGCUGGAUUCUACCAUCAGCCUGCCUCAUCAGGAGAUGACAGAGCCAUGUGUUUCACAUGUAGUGUGUGUUUGGUGUGCUGGGAGCCAACAGAUGAACCUUGGUCUGAGCAUGAAAGGCAUUCCCCAAACUGUCCAUUUGUGAAAGGUGAACACACACAGAAUGUGCCCCUCUCGGUCACUCUGGCAACAAGUCCAGCACAGUUUCCCUGUACAGAUGGCACAGACAGAAUAGUCUGCUUUGGGUCUGGAAGCUGCCCCCACUUUUUAGCUGCUGCAACGAAACGAGGAAAGAUCUGUAUAUGGGAUGUUACAAAACUUAUGAAGGUGCACUUAAAGUUUGAGAUCAAUGCCUAUGAUCCAGUAAUUGUACAGCAACUUGUGUUGUCUGGUGAGCAGAGCUCAGGGGUUGACUCAAGGAGGCCUACAAUAACAUGGAUAGAAGAUUCUUCUAGCUGUUCAGAUAUACCAAAAUUAGAAGGAGACAGUGAUGAUUUACUGGAGGAUUCAGACAGUGAAGAGCAUUCCAGAUCAGAAUCAGUGACUGGACAUACAUCACAAAAGGAAACCAUGGAAGUGAGCCUUGAUAUAACAGCACUCAGCAUUCUUCAGCAGCCUGAGAAACUUCAGUGGGAGAUAGUUGCAAAUGUACUUGAAGAUACAGUGAAAGAUUUAGAAGAACUUGGGGCAAAUACUUGCUUAACUAACUGUAAGAGUGAAAAGAUGAAGGAAAAGCAUCUGGAACACCACAACAUUCCCUUUCCUUGUUUAUUAGCUGGAGGUUUAUUAACAUACAAGUCACCUGCUACCUCUCCUGUCAGUAGUAAUUCUCAGAGGUCACUGGAUGAUUUAAGCAGGACUCAAGGUGGUAGUGUCUCAGACCAGGGAUCAACUGACAAUGAAUCCUGUACUAAUUCAGAGCUAAAUUCUCCUCUGGUAAGGAGAACUUCACCUAUACUGCUGCUUUACAGCAUUAAGGAAUCUGAUGAAAAAGCAGGAAAAAUCUUUUCACAGAUGAACAAUAUCAUGAGUAAAAGUUUACAUGAUGAUGGUUUUACAGUUCCACAGAUUAUAGAAAUGGAGCUGGAUAGUCAGGAGCAACUGCUGUUGCAAGAUCCUCCUGUAACAUACAUUCAGCAGUUUGCAGAUGCAACAGCUAGCCUAACUUCUCCAGACUCAGAUAAGUGGAACUCGAUGGUUCCCAAACCUGGGACUUUGGUUCAGUGCCUACGACUGCCAAAGUUUACAGAGGAGGAGAACUUUUGUGUAGAUUCAAUCACUCCUUGUGCAGAUGGAGUUCAUUUAUUAAUAGGACUGCGGGCAUGCCCUGUUGAAUCCCUGAGUGCAAUAAAUCAAGUAGAGGCCUUGAAUAAUUUAAAUAAAUUAAAUUCGGCACUAUGUAACAGAAGGAAGGGGGAAAUAGAAUCCAACCUUACUGUAGUGAAUGGUGCAAAUAUCAGUAUGAUCCAGCACGAGUCACCAGCAGAUGUGCAGACGCCUUUAAUAAUUCAACCAGAGCAGCGAAGUGCUAGCGGUGGUUACCUGGUACUUUACAAAAUGAACUAUGCCACCAGGAUUGUGACUCUAGAAGAGGAACCCAUAAAAAUUCAGCAUAUCAAAGACCCCCAGGAUACCAUUACCUCAUUGAUUUUGCUCCCACCUGACAUAUUGGAUAAUCGAGAAGAUGACUGUGAGGAGCCUUCAGAGGAAAUACAAAUAACUUCCAAGAAUGGUGGCGAGAGAGAGAAAAGACCAGAAAUUUCUACUCUUGGGCAUCUGGUAAUAACCACUCAGGGAGGAUAUGUAAAAAUAUUAGAUCUUUCAAACUUUGAAAUUCUGGCCAAAGUGGAACCACCUAAAAAGGAGGGUACUGAGGAACCUGAUAAAUUUGUCUCAGUAAUAUACUGCUCAGGCACUGAUAGACUCUGUGCAUGUACCAAAGGUGGAGAACUUCAUUUUCUCCAGAUUGGAGGAACUUGUGAUGAUGUUGAUGAAGCUGAUAUACUUGUGGAUGCAUCUCUCUCAAAAGUCACAGAGCAGUUAACAGAAGGCACAAAGCCUUUAUCCAAUCCUUCCAGUCCAGGCAUUACAGGAGUUGAUCUUUUAGUGGACCAGCCAUUUUCCCUUGAAACUUUGACAUCCUUAGUGGAGCUUACUCGUUUUGAAACUCUGACACCACGAUUUUCAGCUACAGUUCCUCCAUGUUGGGUUGAGGUCCAACAAGAACAGCAACAAAGGCGGCAUCCACAACAUUUGCACCAGCAGCAUCAUGGGGAUGCAGCUCAGCAUACUCGAACUUGGAAAUUACAAACAGAUAGCAACAGCUGGGAUGAACAUGUCUUUGAACUGGUUUUACCAAAAGCCUGUAUGGUUGGACAUGUAGACUUCAAAUUUGUUUUGAAUUCAAACAUCACAAACAUUCCACAGAUUCAAGUGACUUUGUUGAAAAAUAAAGCUCCAGGAUUAGGGAAAGUCAAUGAGGCAGCUGUAGAUAGACAGAUAACAUUUCCUUUGUCACCAGCUCAUAAUGUUGAAAUGGAAAGGAAUGGAAAACCAGGUCUGGAUGAUUUGAAUGAAGAAAUGCAAAACAUGGAUGUAGAGGAACCACAAUGUCUUCGGCUAUGUCCCUUUUUAGAAGAUCAUAAGGAAGAUAUUCUGUGUGGGCCUGUAUGGCUGGCUACUGGACUUGAUCUUUCAGGGCAUGCUGGGAUGUUGACACUGACUAGUCCAAAGCUCGUUAAAGGCAUGGCAGGUGGAAAAUACCGUUCAUUUUUAAUUCAUGUGAAAGCAGUGCAUGACAGAGGGACAGAAGAGAUCUGCAAUGGUGGAAUCUGGCCUGUUGUAAGGAUACCAUCUCUAAAACCUCAAAACAGCAAGGGUCAUUCUCUUGCUUCACUUUUGGCAAAAGUUGCAGCAGGCAAGGACAAGUCAUCCAAUAAAACAGAAGCCAGCAGUUCAUCAAGGAAAUCUGACAACCUCCGAGGAUGUGACUUGCUUCAAGAAGUCUCUGUAACUAUUAGAAGAUUUAAAAAAACAUCUGUUUCAAAGGAAAGAGUUCAGCGGUGUGCUAUGCUACAGUUUUCAGAAUUCCAUGAGAAACUUCUUAACACCCUUUGCAAAAAGGCAGAAGAUGGAGCUGUCACAGAACAUGCUCAGAGUCUUGUGCUAGAUAUCUUAUGUUGGUUGGCAGAGGUUCAGUCCAAUGGACCAAGCAGUUCAAAAGAAACAAAUGAAAGCUUACUAUCUAAAACAAGGAUGUGUCUCUUCGAUAUAGUGCGUGUUUGCUUCUUUGAAGCAGGGCGAAGCAUAGCACACAAAUGUGCACGGUUUCUAGCUCUUUGCAUAAGCAAUGGGAAGUUUGAGUCAAGUCAGCAAGGAUUUGGCUCGAUUCUCUUGAAGGCCUUGCUUGGAAAUAUAGCUUAUUUACCAGCAGCUGCAACAGGAGGAUCUGUGUAUUGGUAUUUUGUAUUGCUGAACUAUGUGAAGGAUGAAGAUUUAGCUGGCUGCAGUACUGCUUGUGCAUCCCUGCUAACUGCAGUGUCCAGACAGUUACAGGACCGGUUAACACCCAUGGAGGCAUUACUUCAAACAAGGUAUGGAUUGUAUAGUUCACCUUUUGAUCCAGUGCUGUUCGAUUUGGAAAUGAGUGGCUCUUCUUGUAAGAAUAUAUAUAACAGCAGCAUUGGUGUACAGUCAGACGAGAUUGAUCUAUCUGAUGUUCUCUCAGGAAAUGGAAAAAUCAGUAGCUGUGCAGCAGCUGAAGGUAGUUUUACUUCCCUCACCGGUCUCCUGGAAGUUGAACCUCUGCAUUUUACAUGUGUUUCAACUAGUGAUGGAACCAGAAUAGAAAGGGACGAUGCAAGUACGUUUACUGUGAGUACCUUCGGGGUUACCCCAGCAGUUGGUGGCCUCUCCUCUGGGACAGUUGGGGAAGCCUCUACAGCACUGAGUUCAGCGGCCCAGGUAGCUUUGCAGUCUCUCUCUCAUGCAAUGGCUUCAGCCGAGCAACAGCUCCAGGUGCUUCAAGAGAAACAGCAGCAGCUUUUGAAGCUUCAGCAACAGAAAGCAAAGCUGGAAGCAAAACUACAUCAGACAACAGCAGCAGCUGCUGCAGCAGCAUCAGCAGUUGGUCCUGUUCACAACUCUGUGCCUUCCAACUCAGUAGCAGCCCCAGGGUUCUUCAUUCAUCCGUCGGAUGUCAUCCCACCCACUCCUAAAACAACCCCCCUGUUUAUGACUCCACCUCUAACGCCACCUAAUGAGGCAGUUUCCGCUGUUAUCAAUGCAGAGCUUGCACAGCUUUUUCCGGGCUCAGUCAUUGAUCCUCCACCAGUUAACCUUUCUGCACACAACAAAAAUGCAAACAAGUCCAGAACGAAUCCACUUGGAACUGGCCUUGCUCUUGCACUAUCUCAUGCUUCACAUUUUCUUCAGCCUCCGCCUCAUCAGUCCAUCAUUAUAGAGCGAAUGCAUUCAGGUGCAAGGAGGUUUGUGACCUUAGAUUUUGGAAGACCCAUAUUAUUGACAGAUGUGCUGAUUCCAACUUGUGGUGAUCUAGCUUCCUUGUCAAUUGAUAUUUGGACACUUGGUGAAGAAGUUGAUGGAAGAAGACUAGUGGUUGCUACUGAUAUUAGCACCCAUUCUCUCAUUCUACAUGACUUAAUACCACCACCAGUUUGCAGGUUCAUGAAGAUCACUGUCAUUGGUCGUUAUGGAAGUACAAAUGCUAGAGCCAAAAUUCCUUUAGGAUUUUACUAUGGCCAUACAUAUAUUUUGCCACUAGAAAGUGAGCUGAAGAUUAUGCAUGAUCCUCUGCGUGGGGAAGUUGAAUCUGCAAACCAGCCAGAAAUUGACCAACACUUAGCCAUGAUGAUUGCAUUGCAGGAAGACAUACAGUGCAGGUAUAACCUAGCCUGCCAUCGACUUGAAACACUUCUGCAAAGCAUUGACCUUCCUCCUUUGAACAGUGCUAACAACGCGCAGUAUUUUUUACGGAAACCAGAUAAAGCAGUAGAGGAAGAUAGUCGCGUAUUUUCUGCUUAUCAAGACUGCAUUCAGCUACAGCUACAGCUGAAUUUGGCUCACCAUGCUGUCCAGAGACUUAAAGUAGCUCUAGGAGCAAGCAGAAAGAUUCUCAAGGAGCAAAGUGAUCCCAAAGAGCUGAUUCAGAUGUCCUCCACAGAGCAGUUGCGCACAAUUAUCCGUUACCUGUUAGACACUUUACUUAGUUUACUGCACUCUUCCAAUGGGCAUUCUGUUCCUGUGGUUCUGCAAAGUACAUUUCAUGCUCAAGCUUGUGAAGAAUUAUUCAAGCACUUGUGCAUCAGUGGAACCCCUAAGAUACGCUUACAUACAGGCCUUCUACUUGUUCAGCUGUGUGGAGGUGAAAGGUGGUGGGGCCAGUUUCUUUCAAAUGUUCUGCAGGAAUUAUAUAAUUCAGAGCAACUUCUCAUUUUCCCACAGGACAGGGUCUUCAUGUUGCUUUCUUGUAUUGGCCAAAGAUCACUCAGCAACACUGGUGUCUUGGAAAGUUUGCUGAAUCUCUUAGAUAACUUGUUGUCCCCUCUUCAGCCUCAGCUCCCUGCCCACAGAUGUACAGAAGGUGUUCUGGACAUUCCUAUGAUUAGCUGGGUUGUAAUGCUGGUGUCCAGGCUUUUAGACUACGUUGCAACUGUGGAAGACGAAGCGGCUACAUCUAAGAAGCCUUUGAAUGGAAAAGAGAGGGAAAGAUUCUUGACAGGCAAUCAGUGGAGUUUCAUUAACAAUAAUCUUCAUACACAAAGCCUCAAUAGGUCUUCAAAAGGCAACAGUAGCUUAGAUAGAUUGUAUUCCAGAAAGAUCAGAAAACAGCUUGUUCAUCACAAACAGCAACUUAACUUAUUAAAAGCAAAACAGAAGGCUUUGGUGGAACAGAUGGAAAAAGAGAAAAUACAAAGCAACAAAGGAUCAUCCUAUAAACUUUUAGUAGAACAGGCAAAACUAAAACAGGCCACGUCAAAGCACUUUAAGGAUCUGAUUCGUUUGCGCCGAACUGCAGAGUGGCCCCGUUCGACACUAGACACAGAAGUUUCAGCAACAAAAGAAACUCCAGAAAUUGAACCACUUCCAUUUACAUUGGCACAUGAGCGCUGUAUCUCAGUCGUGCAGAAGUUGGCACUCUUUUUGUUGUCAAUGGAUUUUACUUGUCAUGCAGAUCUGCUGCUGUUUGUAUGCAAGGUUCUUGCUAGAAUUGCCAAUGCCACAAGACCUACAAUCCAUUUGUGUGAAAUUGUGAAUGAAGCUCAGCUGGAAAGGUUGCUGUUGCUUCUGGUUGGGACAGACUUUAACAGAGGUGAUAUCUCCUGGGGAGGUGCUUGGGCUCAGUAUUCUCUGACGUGUAUGCUGCAGGAUAUUCUAGCAGGAGAACUGUUGGCUCCAGUAGCUGCUGAAGCCAUGGAGGAAGCUGCAAUGGGAGAAGAGGCAGGGGCUUCUGCUGCAGACUCUGAUGAUGCACUUCAGCAGUCUGCAGUCCAGUUAGUGGAAACUAUUGAUGAGCCCUUGACACAUGACCUUACAGUACUUGGCAGUGUUAAGCUGUUUGAAUCACCUAAAGGUACUCCACCUCUGUCAUCUUUGGAAAAAGAUAAAGACAUUGAUCUUGAGUUACUACAAGACCUGAUGGAAGUUGACAUUGAUCCUUUAGAUAUUGAUUUGGAAAAAGAUCCUCUUGCAGCAAAAGUCUUCAAGCUUUACUUUAACUAUGAUUUAUCCUCUGAAUUGGCCCCAAGUAGGAUUAAGCCUAUAAGCAGCACCUGGUAUGACUACUGGGGUGCUGACUAUGGUACAUACAAUUACAACCCUUACAUUGGAGGUGUUGGAAUCUCUGUGGCAAAGCCGCCAGUUACAACAGAGAAGAAUGGAUCACAAACUGUGAGCGUUUCAGUUUCUCAGGCUUUAGAUGCCCGUUUGGAAGUUGGACUUGAACAACAAGCUGAACUGAUGCUGAAAAUGAUGUCUACUCUGGAAGCAGAUUCCAUUCUACAAGCAUUGACCAACACAUCUCCCACAUUAACUCAGUCUCCUAGUGGAACAGAUGAUUCAUUGCUACGGGGGUUGCAUGUACCAAAUCAGAACAACCAGUUUAUUAUCCAGCUGUCCUCCAUACCAAUGUUAAGUGUAUGCUUCAACAAACUGUUUUCCAUGCUACAAGUUCAUCAUGUUCAGCUUGAGUCCCUUCUACAGUUAUGGCUCACAUUAAGCCUGAAUUCUGGGUCCAGUGGGACUAAAGACAACUGUACCGACAUUUUCUUGUAUAAUGCCAACCGGACACCUGUUAUUCCUUUAAAUCAAGCAUCAGUAACUAGCUUCCUGACAGUCCUGGCAUGGUAUCCCAAUACCUUACUGCGAACAUGGUGCCUUGUACUUCAUAGUCUAACCCUCAUGACGAACAUGCAAUUCAACUCUGGUCCCAGCAGUGCCAUUACAUCUCAGGAAAGUACUGCUCAGCUGCUGGUGUCAGAUCCCAACCUUAUUCAUGUUUUAGUGAAGUUUCUUUCUGGAACCAAUCCUCAUGGAACAAAUCAACAUAGUCCACAGGUUGGCCCAACAGCCACCCAAGCUAUGCAAGAGUUUCUUACUCGUUUACAAGUGCACCUUUCUUCAGCAUGCCCUCAGAUGUUCAGUGAAUUUUUAUUAAAGUUAAUACAUAUUCUUUCAACUGAGAGGGGUGCUUUCCAAACUGGCCAGGGGCCUCUGGAUGCACAAGUAAAGCUUCUGGAAUUUACACUUGAACAAAAUUUUGAAGUUGUUUCAGUGAGCACCAUUUCUGCUGUUAUUGAAUCAAUUACAUUUCUGGUGCACCAUUACAUUACAUGUGCUGACAAAGUGAUGUCUCGCAGUGGGUCUGACAAUUCAGUGGGCGCUCGAGCAUGUUUUGGAGGUCUUUUUGCUAAUAUUAUCCGGCCAGGAGAUGCCAAAGCAGUCUGUGGAGAGAUGACAAGGGAUCAGCUCAUGUUUGAUUUGCUCAAGUUGGUCAACAUCUUGGUUCAGCUGCCACUUUCAAGCAACAGAGAAUAUAGUGCUCGGGCUCAAAUUGCCAGUAGCACUACUGAUAGCGUUUCUGAUGAAGAAAAGGUUUCUGGUGGAAAAGAUAACAAUGGAAACAGUGGCAAUACUCAAGGCUCAACUGCUUAUGUGGCUGACCUAGUCUUAGCUAACCAGCAGAUUAUGAGUCAGAUUCUGUCUGCUUUGGGCCAAUGUAACAGCAGUGCUAUGGCAAUGAUAAUUGGUGCAAGUGGUUUACAUCUUACAAAACAUGAGAAUUUUCAUGGUGGAUUGGAUGCCAUAUCUGUUGGAGAUGGCUUAUUUACUAUACUAACAACACUCAGUAAAAAAGCCACUACAGUGCAGGUGAUGCUUCAGCCUAUUCUUACCUACAUGGCCUGUGGGUAUAUGGGAAGACAAGGUUCUCUUGCAACUUGCCAGUUAUCUGAACCACUUCUGUGGUUCAUCUUACGAGUGCUAGAUACCAGUGAGGCACUGAAAGCAUUUCAUGAUAUGGGAGGUGUUCAGCUCAUUUGCAAUAACAUGGUGACCAGCACCAGAGCCAUUGUAAACACAGCAAGAAGCAUGGUUUCAACUAUUAUGAAAUUUCUAGAUUCUGGCCCUAGCAAGGCAACAGAGAGUAGUCUGAAAGCAAGGGUUCUAGCGUCUGAGCCUGAUAAUGCAGAAGGAAUUCACAAUUUUGCACCCUUGGGUUCAAUCACAUCAAGCAGUCCUACUGCCCAGCCUGCUGAAGUGUUGCUACAGGCGACUCCACCACACAGAAGAGCUCGAUCUGCUGCAUGGUCUUAUAUCUUCCUGCCUGAGGAAGCCUGGUGUGACCUUACAAUUCAUCUUCCCGCUGCAGUGCUGUUAAAAGAAAUACACAUCCAGCCUCAUCUUGCAUCCCUUGCAACAUGCCCUUCAUCAGUAUCUGUUGAAAUAAGUGCAGAUGGAGUGAACAUGUUGCCGUUGUCUACACCUGUUAUCACAAGUGGUCUUACCUACAUAAAAAUACAACUCGUAAAAGCUGAAGUCGCCUCGGCUGUUUGUCUUCGCCUUCACCGCCCACGAGAUGCUAGCACAUUGGGUCUCUCUCAGAUUAAAUUGCUGGGACUUACUGCCUUUGGUAACACAUCAUCUGCAACAGUCAACAAUCCAUUCCUUCCUUCUGAAGACCAGGUAUCCAAAACAAGCAUUGGAUGGUUAAGGUUGUUGCAUCAUUGUCUCACUCACAUAAGUGAUUUAGAAGGAAUGAUGGCCAGUGCUGCAGCACCCACUGCCAACCUUUUGCAGACAUGUGCUGCUCUGCUGAUGUCUCCAUACUGUGGCAUGCAUUCUCCAAACAUUGAGGCUGUGCUUGUAAAAAUUGGGCUUCAGUCUACCAAAAUAGGCCUAAAACUAAUAGACAUUCUUUUAAGAAACUGCUCCGCAUCAGGGAGUGAUCCUACAGAUUUGAACAGUCCCUUACUUUUUGGAAGAUUAAAUGGCUUAUCUUCUGAUUCCACAAUUGACAUUCUUUAUCAGCUUGGGACAACUCAGGACCCUGGAACAAAAGAUAGAAUUCAAGCUCUGUUGAAGUGGGUCAGCGAUUCAGCAAGAGUUGCUGCUAUGAAAAAAAGUGUUCGAAGUAACUACAUCUGUCCAAACAGCUCUACAAGAGAGUAUGGUCUUCUGAUGCCCUCUCCUUCCCAUUUGCACUGUGUAGCAGCGAUUUUAUGGCAUAGCUAUGAAUUGCUUGUAGAAUAUGACUUGCCAGCCUUGCUGAACAGAGAGCUCUUUGAGUCUCUCUUUAAUUGGUCCAUGUCUCUUCCCUGCAAUAUGGUUUUGAAGAAAGCUGUUGACAGUCUGCUUUGUUCAAUGUGCCACAUUCACCCAAAUUAUUUUUCUUUACUCAUGGGCUGGAUGGGUAUUACUCCUCCCCCUGUACAGUUGCAACACAGACUGUCUAUGACAGAUGACAGCAAAAAACAGGAUCUUAGUUCAUCUUUAACAGAUGACUCAAAAAACGCACAAGCACCUCUUGCACUAACAGAGUCUCACCUGGCUACCCUGGCUGCCUCAUCACAGUCUCCUGAAGCUAUUAAACAGCUGUUGGACUCAGGUCUGCCCUCUCUUCUUGUAAGAAGCCUUGCAAGUUUUUGCUUUAACCACACCUCUGCCUAUGAUUUCAGUGCUCAGUCAACAGACAAUUCCCAGGACAGGCUCAGAAGACACCAUGUUCCACAGCACUUUAAUAAAAUGCCCAUCACAGCAGACUUAGUUGCUCCUGUUCUCAGGUUUUUGACAGACGUUGGGAACAGCAACCUUAUGAAGGACUGGUUGGGUGGAUCUGAAGUCAACCCACUGUGGACAGCACUUUUAUUUCUCCUCUGCCAUUCUGGUGCUACUUCUGGAGGACAUGGUAUGACAGCACAGCAGAAUAGUGCCAGGCCUACUUUACUUUCUUCAGCUUCAGGAACAGGACUGACCACUCAGCAAAGGACUGCAAUUGAAAAUGCCACAGUUGCAUUCUUCUUGCAGUGCAUCUCUUGUCAUCCUAAUAAUCAGAGGCUGAUGGCUCAGGUUCUCUGUGAACUCUUUCACUCAUCUCCUCAAAGAAGCAAUCUCCCAACAUCUGGAAAUAUUUCAGGAUUUAUUCGACGGCUCUUUUUGCAGUUGAUGCUAGAGGAUGAAAAAGUGACUAUGUUCCUUCAGUCACCUUGUCCAUUGUACAAAGGUAGAAUUAAUGCUACCAGCCAUGUUAUUCAACACCCAAUGUAUGGGGCAGGACACAAGUUCCGCACUCUUCUCUUACCAGUAUCAACAACAUUGGCCGAGGUCCUUGAUCGUGUAUCAGGCAAGUUGCAUGAUACCCCAAGCAUAACUGCAAAAUUAAUUAGUGAGCAAAAAGAAGACAAGGAAAAAAAGAACUAUGAAGAAAAAGAAAAAGUUAAAGCAGAAAAUGGGUUUCAGGACAAUUACAGUGUUGUUGUUGCCUCUGGGUUGAAAUCUCAGUCGAAAAGGGCUGUAUCUUCUACACCCCCUCGCCCACCAUCAAGACGAGGGAGAGUGAUGGCAGAUAAAGUAGGCAGCUCCUCCAUGGGAGGUGACACUUCCAACAAAACUAUUAGUGUUCCUGUUUUUCAUCUGUAUCAUAAACUGCUACCAGGUCAGCCAUUACCACCUGAGAUGACACUUGCCCAGCUUUUGACUCUGUUGUAUGACCGCAAACUCCCUCAAGGAUACCGAUCCAUAGACUUGGCAGUUAAGCUUGGUUCCAAAGUGAUCUCAGACCCAAGCAUUUCAAAAACAGAUUCUUUUAAGCGCCUCCAUACUGAAAAAGAGCAUGCAGAUAUAUUGGGACCUUGCACAGAAGAUGAAUCAGCCACACCAGCUGAGGAGUGCAUGGAUACAGUGCUGGAUGAAUCCUUUCUUGAAGUGUGCCCCAUUCAGUCUCCAUUGCAAGUUUUUGCUGGAAUGGGUGGGUUAGCCCUCAUCGCAGAAAGACUUCCCAUGCUUUAUCCAGAUGUAAUUCAACAAGUGAGUGCUCCAGUGGUUACAUCCACCACCCAGGAGAAGCAGAAGGACAGUGAUCAGUUUGAAUGGGUUACCAUUGAACAAUCGGGAGAACUGGUUUAUGAAGCCCCAGAAACAAUUGCUGCAGAACCACCACCUAUCAAAUCAACAGUUCAAACUAUGUCUCCCAUUCCUGCUCAUUCUUUGGCUGCUUUUGGAUUAUUUCUUCGCCUCCCAGGCUAUGCUGAGGUGCUACUUAAAGAGAGGAAACAUGCCCAGUGUCUGCUUAGAUUGGUGCUGGGAGUUACAGAUGAUGGUGAAGGAAGUCAUAUUCUGCAGUCUCCUUCAGCUAAUGUGCUUCCAACCCUCCCAUUUCAUGUGCUGCGCAGCUUGUUCAGCACCACACCUUUGACUACUGAUGAUGGAGUACUCCUUAGGCGGAUGGCACUGGAAAUUGGGGCAAUACAUCUUAUCCUUGCCUGUCUAUCUGCUCUUAGCCACCAUGCUCCAAGAGUUCCCAGUUCUAAUUCCAACCAGUCAGAGCCACAGGUGUCAAGCACACAUAAUAGUGCAUCAACAGAAGAACAACAGCUUUAUUGGGCCAAAGGCACUGGAUUUGGAACUGGUUCUACUGCUUCUGGAUGGGAUGUGGAACAAGCAUUAACUAAACAAAGACUGGAGGAGGAACAUGUUACUUGUCUCUUACAGGUUUUGGCUAGCUACAUAAAUCCUGCAGGGAGCACAUCAAACAAUGAUGCCCAGACCAGUCAUGAAAGCAGAGGACAAAACAGCAAUGCCCUCCCGUCAGUUCUACUAGAGCUACUUAGUCAAUCAUGUCUUAUUCCCGCAAUGUCAUCUUAUCUCCGCAAUGAUUCAGUUUUGGAUAUGGCCAGGCAUGUGCCCCUCUACAGAGCGCUCUUAGAGCUCCUUCGAGCUAUUGCUUCAUGCACAUCUAUGGUGCCAUUGUUACUGCCUUUGUCUGGGGAAAAUGGAGAAGAGGAAGAAGAGCAGCUGGAAUCUCAAGCUUCAGUUGGAACUCUAUUGGCGAAAAUGAAAACAUGUGUGGAUACCUAUACUAACCGACUGAGGUCUAAAAAGGAUAAGUCUAAAACUGGAGUGAAGUCUGAUACUUCAGAUCAAGAACCAGAGGGACUGACUCUUUUAGUGCCAGAUAUCCAAAGGACUGCUGAGAUAGUUUAUGCUGCUACAACAAGUUUGCGCCAAGCAAACCAAGAGAGAAAAAUGGCUGAAUAUUCCAGAAAAGCUGCUGUAAAGCCUAAGCCUUUGUCUGUUUUAAGAUCCCUUGAGGAAAAAUAUGUGGUUAUAAUGAAAAAACUCCAGUUUGAUACUUUUGAGAUGGUUUCUGAAGACGACGAUGGAAAACUGGUAUUUAAAGUAAAUUACCACUACAUAUCUCAGGUGAAAAAUGCCAGUGACGCAAACAGUGCUGCAAGAGCCCGACGUCUUGCUCAAGAAGCUGUCACACUCUCUACAUCCCUGCCUCUUUCCUCUUCAUCAAGUGUCUUUGUCCGCUGUGAUGAAGAGAGACUAGACAUCAUGAAGGUUUUGAUAACUGGACCAGCAGACACACCAUAUGCAAACGGGUGCUUUGAAUUUGAUGUAUAUUUUCCACAAGACUAUCCUAAUUCACCUCCACUUGUGAAUCUGGAAACAACUGGAGGACACAGUGUGAGAUUCAAUCCAAACCUUUACAAUGAUGGCAAGGUUUGUUUAAGUAUACUUAACACCUGGCAUGGAAGACCAGAAGAGAAGUGGAAUCCUCAGACAUCAAGCUUUUUACAAGUAUUAGUGUCUGUGCAAUCCCUCAUAUUAGUUGCAGAGCCCUAUUUCAAUGAACCAGGAUAUGAAAGAUCUAGAGGGACGCCAAGUGGCACACAGAGUUCCAGAGAAUAUGAUGGAAAUAUACGGCAAGCAACAGUAAAGUGGGCUAUGCUUGAACAAAUCAGAAAUCCCUCACCAUGUUUUAAAGAGGUUAUACAUAAACACUUCUACUUGAAGAGGAUAGAGAUCAUGGCUCAGUGUGAAGAGUGGAUAGCAGAUAUUCAGCAGUAUAGCAGUGAUAAACGGGUAGGCAGGACUAUGUCUCAUCAUGCUGCAGCUCUAAAGCGUCACACAGCUCAGUUGCGGGAAGAGCUUCAGAAACUCCCUUGCCCUGAAGGCCUGGACCCAGAUGUGGAUGAUUCAGCUGAGAAAUGCAGUGCCAUGACAAGUGCUGAAGAGGCUCUGUUGCACGAGCAGGUCAAGCCAAGCAGCAGUAAAGACCUCCCAAGUGACUUCAAAUUAUGAGCUGCGUUGACAUGGACUUGAUAGACACACAAGGCUUUCAAGCACAAGCCAAAUAUGUCAAUAUUUGUAUCUAAGAAGCUAAUUAUGUAAUAGGUAAUGAGAUUGAAACUAUACUAUGCCCUUCAGGAUAUACAGUUUAAUUCAAGAUGAUCUUUUAUUUACCUGUACAAGAGUGUAAACUUUUUGUGCUUUUAUUUUCCAAUUGUGAGAACCACUGAUUGGUAUGUUUAAAAAGUUAUGUAUACAAGAAUGGAUAAAUCACUGAUAUAUAAGGGAAGCUACCUUAGGAAAGAAUGUUUACUGAAUGUUUAUUAUUUUUUUUUUUACUUGUAGAGUGAGGGCGGUUGUAACAAAGAAUAUAUAUUGGUCAUUCUUACAGCUACUAUUUAAAGUCGGACAGUUUUCACUGAAUUUGAUAGAUUUUAUGUUUGGCCAUAUCUCCAUUCUCAUAUUUGAUUUCUAAAGAGAACCUCCUGUAUACUUCAAUAAAGGUCAAAUGGACAUGCUCCCUCUUA